AUGAUCACAAACUCUUACGCUGGAGCCACUCCUCAAAUACGUACCCCCACCGGUCUUACUGCGGAUAUACACAUCCUAUCCGGUGUCAUGCAAGGAUGUCCGUUGAACCCAAUUAUCUUUAAUCCAACCAUUGACCUAAUUCUCCGAGCGAUCAAACGAUCUGCUUCCGACAUCUGCCCUGCUAAACUUCACGGUAUUUCCUUCUUCGUGCUUGCCUGUGCCGAUCGAUGUCUUGUCGUCAAGUCCAUAAAGAAAGACCGUCUCCAUGCAGAAGCUUUUGAACGUUGUUUUGUCUAUCGCUACAGACCUUGGCUUAUUGGUGUUCCUAUUGGCUUAAUUUAUGACCAUGAUAACAUCUUGGAUUUGGUACAUGACCUUACUCGUGAUUUUGAGAGCAUCGAAAAAUCACUGUUAGCUCCAUGGCAAAAACUGGACAUGAUCCGUACCUUCCUUCGACCUUCCUUAACAUUUGCUCUUCGUGCUGGUUUUCCCCAAAAAGAUAAUUUUUUGGUAUACCGUUCACAUCUCGUGGCUACUGUUCGUAAAAUAUGUGCACUACCUUCCCGUGCUUCUGUUGCUUACAUCUUCGCUCAUAAACGCGUUGAUGUCUCGGUCUCCUGGAUGCAACCCUUGAAGCUAAUGUCCAAGCUAUAA